CAUUGCAUCCUCCUCUGCCUCUCUCACACACAAUACAGUGUGUUUACCGGGAAGGGGAUAGUGACGGAGAAGCUAGAGAUUACAUUGUCAACCUGCCUGUGAAGGAAUUACUUUCCUCUCUGGAUUUCCAUUAAAGAGAUAUUAAAUCAACACCCUAAAGGGAGCCAAAACCGCAUUCCUACCAGUCAUCAACACCCUCUGACGUCACUAUUAUCACCUGAUCUGCUACACAUUUUCUUGCCGUCACCAUCAUCACUUACGCGGAGACCAUGAGCAGCAGCUACAGCGUCACACUCUUCGGCCCGGCCCCGUGGGGCUUCAGGCUGCAGGGAGGGAAGGACUUCAACUUGCCCCUCACCAUCUCCAGGCUGACGGAUGGUGGGAAGGCAGCUAAAGGUGGCAUUGGUAUUGGAGACAUGGUCCUGUCUAUUGGCGGCAUCGCCGCCGAGGGCAUGAACCACCUGGAGGCCCAGAACAAGAUCAAGAGCUGCUCCGGUAACCUCAGCCUCAACCUACAGAAGAGGUAAUCUUUGCUCUAACAACACCAUUAGUUCUGCAUGAUGUCCCAUUCCCUGAAGGAACGAGGAAUAACUGAAAUCGCAGCGAGAGCAUCACACAUGUGGACCGCCGCCUCUUCCCCAAGGCCCACUCCUCUCUGUUUGGUGUCAUCCUGUUGUACAGUGGAGCUGAUUUAGCACAAGCACUCUUGUCGCAGUGUGUGUGUGUUUGUGUGCGUGUGUGUGUCUCUGUGUGUGUGGCUUUUAUAUUGGUUCUCAUGUGGUUUGAAUGGUCCGGUUCUUUGGCAGCAUCUGUAGGCAAGCGUGCGUUUCAUUUAACCCUCCUGUUACCUUCGGGUCAAUUUGACCCCAUUCAAUGUUUAAUGUCGGUGUUCUUUGGGGUCAAUUUGACCCCAGGCUGUUUUUCACUGUGUCAAACAUAUAAGAAAUAUCAACUUUUUUAUAUAUUUAAAGGGCUAUUUAGGUAGUCAACAAACAAACAUAAAGUACCUCACACUUAAACUUGGAAAACAAUAUUAAUUCUAAUAAUUUUCUGGAGGUUUUAAUUGCUGGGGUCAAAUUGACCCCAAGGGUAAAAUAUGUCAGUAAAUAUAAAGUUAACAGGAGGGUUAAACAUUGAAUGGGGUCAAAUUGACCCUAAGGUAACAGGAGGGUUAAUUACAAAGUUCACGGAUCCUCCUGGAUCUACAGUACGCAGCACAUACAAAGGUCAAAUUAAUCGAUUUUGCUCCAGUAUAUGAAAUAAAAAUAAAUAAAACCA